AAUCACCUAAUUCUCCUUAGGUUGGAAGUAGCUAGGUUAAUUAAUUAAUAUAUAGCAAUGGAUAAGGUAAUGGUUAUGUUUUGCAUGCUUAUUGCAUAUACAUGUGCUUGCUCAUUAGGGAGGAACAACAAAACCAUGUCCACUGCAGACAUGAGUUAUUUCACAGAAAAUGGACUUGGUCAGACACCCCCUAUGGGAUGGAAUAGUUGGAACCAUUUCGGCUGUGAUAUCAAUGAAACUUUAAUCCGAAGUACAGCUGAUGCAAUGGUCUCAACUGGCCUUGCUUCCUUAGGCUACAAAUAUAUUAAUUUAGAUGAUUGUUGGGCGGAACUUAAUCGAGACUCCCAGGGAAAUAUGGUUCCCAAGGCUUCAACAUUUCCUUCAGGAAUCAAGGCUCUAGCUUAUUAUGUUCACGGGAAAGGUUUGAAAUUGGGAGUCUAUUCAGAUGCAGGAAAUCUAACAUGUAGUAAACGUAUGCCUGGAUCACUAGGACAUGAAGUGCAAGAUGCCAAAACAUUUGCUUCUUGGGGUGUUGACUAUUUGAAGUAUGAUAACUGUGAAAAUAAUGGUAUUAGCCCCAGAUUAAGGUAUCCACCAAUGAGUGAAGCUUUGUUGAACAGUGGAAGGCCAAUCUUCUUCUCUAUGUGUGAAUGGGGACGGGAAGAUCCAGCAACAUGGGCCAAAAGUGUGGGAAAUAGUUGGAGAACAACAGGAGAUAUUAAAGAUAACUGGAAAAGCAUGACUUCCAUAGCAGAUGCAAAUGAUAAAUGGGCAUCUUAUGCUGGACCUGGAGGAUGGAAUGAUCCUGACAUGCUUGAAGUUGGAAAUGGAGGCAUGACUACAGAGGAAUAUCGUGCCCAUUUCAGCAUCUGGGCAUUAGCUAAGGCCCCUUUAUUAGUUGGUUGUGAUAUCCAAGCAAUGGAUAAUACCACAUCUGAAUUGAUAAGCAACUCUGAAGUUAUUGCAGUAAACCAAGAUACACUUGGAGUUCAAGGAAAGAAAGUGAAAAGCAACAGUGAUUUGGAGGUAUGGGCAGGACCUCUCAGUAAUAACAAAGUAGCAGUGAUCUUAUGGAAUAGAAGUUCAUCAAAUGCAACAGUGACUGCAUCCUGGUCUGACUUAGGCCUGGAAUCAGGAACUAUAGUUGAUGCUAGAGAUUUAUGGGAUCACUCAACACAAUCAUCGGUUUCAGGAGACAUCUCUGCUGAGUUAGCUUCACAUGCUUGUAAGAUGUAUGUUCUGACUCCCCAAAGCGGUUAGUUUCGAGUGCCAGAGAAGAAGAUAAACAGUAGUUGUCAGGUUUUGAUAAUUACUGUAUUGGCAAAGCAUUCACACAUUCACUGCUCCUAAACUAAAGGGGAGCGACAAAUGAAGGAACAGAAAAUUAUUUUUCAUCUAGAAAUGUAAGAAUAAAUAUACAAGUCGGUCACCAAAAAAAAAAGUACAAGUCAUGUGGUCAAUGAGGUAACACUGAACGUAAUGGGGUAAUUAAAGAAGUGACUGGUGUCCUGACCCCAAACAAAUUCUACUAUACUGAACGAAGAUAGAUGAUUUAUAUCUGACAUGAGAUUAUCUUACUGUCUAA